AUGAGUCAGAGACUCUCCACCUCAACACACACUAUCCCUUAUCCCGAGGUCGAAAACAUGGCCGACCCAGACGACGCCAACUCAUGGACAUGCACUGCUUGUCGCCUCCCGAUAUUCUCCACCUCUUUCGUCGUAGAUAGAUCGGGGGGCAGCAAUCUCAUGCUUCACGAUCCAUGCUCUGACGAAUCUCUCCCUCCCGAACUCCUGGACCAUCCAUUGCACCCGAGGGGAGCCCUCAUUCUCCGACACCAGUCACACCACCGUCCGGAAGAACAUGACGAUGCGAGAUAUUAUUGCACCAGGUGUUUGUCGAUUUGCGGGAGCAAGUUUUACGAGUGCCCGAUGGGUGAUAUUCGAGACUGUGGGUUCACGCUCGAUCUCCCCUGCGCCCUGUCCAUCAAGGUCUUACACAGGAGCCACGAGCACAGGUUAACGGCUGUUAACUGGCAUGCGCGGUCUAUUUCGUCUCUCUCAUUCGUCUGCAGCGCGUGCGGGAAUCAACACUCGCCGGUUGAAGAGAGUAAUAAUGGCCGCCGAUUCAAGGGUGCACAGGACCCUCUUCUCCUUGAAUUUUCUGUUAGUAAAUUAAGUAGAAGCUGCCACAUUUGCACCCGCGAAAUCGAGGCUUUCGGGUUCUACGCCUGUGUCGCUUGUUGCUACUAUGUCCAUAUCGACUGUGCUGUUAACUCAACACAUCAUAGAUUCGAGCCCGUGUUGGUUCGUGAAGCAGAGUUCUCGAAUCUACUUCGUCUGCCAAUGGAAAACGAGCACACUAGCGCGAUGCCGCGUAUUACGAAAACCAACACACCCAAGUUCCGGUUCUUACGUUCUGGCAAUACGAAGCGUUACGAUCAUCCAAGUAGUAUUAGGAUUUUCUAUUCAUCACUUAUUCAUCGUCCAGCUAUGCGCGAAACGUUUUCAUUAGAAACUAUCAGAGUACACGAGCAUCCCUUGAUCUAUCACGACAAUCAUCACAAUGGCAUUGUUCGUGUUUGCAAUGCCUGCGCUCAAAUUAUCCUUCCACCCGAACCAUUUUACAGUUGCGCACAUAAUAAUAAUAACAAUACAUGCAAAGCUUGCUUUCUGCACAACUGUUGUUAUAGUUUUCCAAAAACUUUUUCGUCCUACCACAGCGGCUACUGUUCGUUUAUACCAAAGGUAGCCAUGAAGCCCUUCAACAUAUUCGAGUGUGUGGUUUGCAAGCGCAAAUGCAAUGGCUCUGCGUACUAUACCAGAAGAGGAGAGGAAAAGUAUAUGGAUGUGGUGUGUGCCUUAAUGCCUCAAUUAAUCACGCACGGUGCCCACAGGAAGGCCCACAUUCUUCAAGGGAGGAGGGAAAUUGCUGAGUUCUAUGAUUAUCUUAGGAGAUCAACGUGUAAAUGCUGCCUCGAAAAAUUCAAUGACGAUAAGGUGACUUCAUAUGCGUGUAGCAACUGUCGUAGCUUCUCCAUCCACCCGCACUGCGCUCUUCUCCCGGACAGGGUCACCCACAAAUUUGACCGACACCGUUUGAAGCUAAUCACGAGCUCGAGCAGAGGAGGAGAAGAAGAAAAUGGGCUUUGCGAGAUUUGUGAAAAGGACGUGGAUUGGAGAAAAUGGUACUACGGAUGCGAAGAAUGUGAACAAUAUUUUCACGCGAACUGCAUUCCUUGUCUCGAUCGUCUGUCUAAGAUUAAGUUCAGUUUUGAGGUUUCGGUUGGGUGUCAUGGGUGCCCGGUUGCCUGCGUUCGGGCUGUUUCGGUCGAUGGAUACCUGUGUGGCCAUUGUGGGGAAAACAUCAGGGAGAGUGAUGAUAUAGCAUUUGAAUGCUCCAAAUGUUGUUUCAGGAUGCACAAAGGGUGUGUUCAGGAGCUUAUGAUAAAAACUUGA